AUGCCUCGAGAACGAGAACGAGAACGAGAACAAGUGGACCAGCGAGACCAGCGAGACCAGCGAGACCAGCACCAGCACGAUGAUCGACUCUACACUACACAUGGGUAUUUUCCAGACAAUCUUCGUCAUCUUUUGCACUUGAUAGGAGCGUUCUUCAGACCUUCACUCGUGUGCUUGCUAGCCGAGCUGGUCGGCGUAGAAGCAGAAGCAGAAGCAGAAGCAGAAGCAGAAGCAGAAGCAGAAGGAGAAGCAGACGCAGAUGCAGUAAUGUAG